AUCCAUAUAACGAUGAAAUUACCAGUUUUUAGGUAAAAUAGAAUACAUUUAACUUUUACUUACCUGAAAAAAUGCUUUUUCCUUCUCUCUGAACUCCUGAAGCGCGGGAUACAGUGACCAGGAAGUGUGUUGUUGUCAUAACAACCAAGAAGACGCGCAAAGUCAUCACAAUUAGCGUAAAUUGCCCUCGAACGUCACUACUAAUUGCAUUCGUGACCAACUCGUGUUUUUCCCGGACAAGCCGAAUAGCGUUCUUGCAGGUUACGGAAAGGGGCGAGUGGUAACGAAUGUACUAAUUGUGAAGCAAAACCUAAAGUGUUCUAAACAUUGCUACAGAAGCGCCCCCUAGCGAUAACUGCGGUCGCUACAUUGGAAGUGAGAGCGCCCGUGCCGUAUUCGUCUCCUAGUAACCCACCAUUAUCUCCAACGUGCUAUGAAGUUGUUUGAAUGGAUUGCUGCCCUCUGCCUCUUUAUUCUGCCCUUGACAGUGGGGCUUGUACCGGUAAUCUGCAUAUUCUUGGCAGGAUGGUAUUAUCCGUCUCUUGUGGCUCGCCUCAAAGAUUAUUACACAGUAUCCAAAGCUGUCGAGGAUAUCUGGAAUAAAAUCUGGGGUCCCCGGCAGCGAGGGAGACAACAAACCUCCCUAAACACAGACAGUGGGCCACUGGCCACAGACAGUAGGCCACUGGACACAGACAGUAGGCCACUGGACACAGACAGUAGGCCACUGGACACAGACAGGGGGCCGCUGGGCACAGACAAUCGGCCACCAGACGAGCCAGUUGGACCGCCCCUCUCCGAUGAUGCUGCAGUUGAAAUUAUCGUGAGCAGAAUUUCAAAUAAAUGGAAAAAUUUGGGAAGACGCCUUGGAAUGACAGACGAUGAACUGGAUAACAUAGACAGUGAUCACAAGGGACAGAGGGAGAAGGCACAUCAGAUGUUGCGGGCUUAUAGAAACAAUGCCGACCAACCCAUCCUAGACAAACUUGUUAAAGCGUGCAGGAAGGAAAGGCGCGCAGACAUUGCGAGCGAACUUUUGAAGCUUAAACAGGAAUAAAACAAAAUAUAAAGACACA